AUGAGUAGAGCGACUAAUGAUUUGAUUUCAAAGUUUAUUAUACUCCCCAAGGCCGUCAACAUAACAAAUCCCAAGCUUCUCCGGUUGUUUGAAACGUUCAAAUUGAACUAUGAUGAAUUUUUACCCACUAAAAAGCCAAGUUUUAUUGAUAAGAAUCCGUUUGAGUUCCAUUCCUCUUACAAUGGCAACCAGUCAUACGUCAACAACCCCAGACUAAGCGUCACGAAACUUCUCACAGAAAGUUGGUGUGAGCUACGAGACUACUACGAAGUAUAUUCGGGGUCGGUGAUGGAGCCUUCGUCGGAAGCACAGUCACUUGGUUCAAAGUAUCAUGAAGAGCUUGAGAUGGAAUCUUUUGAGAUCAUCAGUAUUGGAGAGUUCCAGAAGGUGCUCAGUGAAAUCUUCCCUGUUGAACAAUGCGAGCCUGGCUUUCGUGGUAUCAAAGACCCAGGUCUUGCAGAAAUAGCAUUUGAGCCUGAAAAUAUGUUAGCUUAUGAUUGGGCUGAGAGCAUAAUGUUUAAGCUAUAUAGUUUGAUGUUGAACUCCGAAACAAGGGAGUUACUUGUUCACGAUUACUUGGAUCUCACGCACCAGAAGUUGGGGCUCUCUCCCGACUCAGUGCUAAUAAGUGGCAUAAUCGAUCAUCUCAAGCUAGUCAAUGUUAAAGAUCCCCAAGAUUUUUCGAUGUUUGAAGAAAUCAAAGCUUUUCUUGACUUGAAAUUUGAUAAUGGAAUCGUGGACUUGGAUGCCCUCUUCCUAGGCUUAGAAAACAUUCUUCUGAGCUAUAAUGAGAUAUACAAAUUACAGAUAACUGAUGUGAAAACCAGAAGGUUCAAUAAAAUUCCUAACCAGGACUCGGUUUUGAAGUCGGCGUACUUACAAGUUUCCUACUAUAAAGAGUUCUUCGAGAGGCUAUCACAGGAUUCAAAAUAUACUUACGAGCUGUUGUGUACUAAUGCUAUGAUACGACACCACGAUUUGGACAAACCACUCCAUCCAAUCAUUUUGUUCAGUCUCUUACGAAAGUACCCUGAAUUAUUUCUCAAUGACUUCAAAUCUAUCGCAAAAGGGUCCUCCAUUGGACAUGUACCAUAUAGUUCUGAGUUUAAAGAAUUUGAUGGGUAUGAUUUCACUGACAUUCUCACGCCAGAAAUCUUAAAAAGUCUUGAACAAAUUGACGACUUCAACUACAAGUCGAUCCUCAGUACCGAUAUCCUUCGCAAGUGGGAACGUCCUUUGACCUUACGGUACUUUGCUGCCAGAAGCUCUCAAUUCUUUAAUCUUUUCAAACCAUUUAACUCAGAUUUGAUCUCAAUUGAGUAUCACAACGUCAGAACAAAGUUUAACUUCAAAACCAUCAAAUACAAAUUCAACAAAGACGACUUGGAAAACUCAGUUGUAUCGUCAUCGAAUUUCUGGAAUGGUACCUCGAGUCCCAGAGUUGUAGAUGACUUGAGCAAGUGCAAGUACUGCGAUUUCAAUACUAAAUGCUCAGUUCCCAACCAGGAUAUGAAAUACUUCGGACACAAACUUAGUAACUUUUUGAACCAAGGCUAG